AUGGAUGGCUCUGCAAGGCGCACCCUUCCUAGUGGACAGAAUUGGCCAUCCAGCCUUCAACCGACAGCAAUGCGGUGGACUCGCUCUGGGUACAGUAGUCAAUGGGCCGAACUGUGGGCCACCUGGAUGGUGUUGAUUCAUGAGCCAGAUCCAAUAUGUUUGUGCAUGGACAGUCAGGCAGUCUAUAAAGGGCUCACCCUGUGGAUGGUACAAUGGGCACAACAACAGUGGACUAUUAAUCGUCGCCCACUAUCAGGGGCAGAACUCUGGAAUGAUAUCUGGCAGCGGGUUUGGGAAAUGAUGAUAACGGUGUACCAUGUGUCUGCAUAUCAGACAACAAUGCUGCCAGGAAACCAGCAAGCAGACGAGUUAGCUUGGAGCCAUCUCCUGGAGGAAGCACCAGCCAAGAGAGUGACAGAAUGGCUACACAAGAAAACUGGACAUAAAGGACAAAGGACCUUAUGGGCUAUAGUCAAGACCUGA